CUACUCUGUUUUCGUUUCUUUCUCAGUAUAAACCAAACUCUCUCCCUUCUCCAGUCUCCGAGGGUCCUUUAAAAAACUCUUCCUUGUAACGUUCCAUUCAAAGAGCUAUGUUAUAGCUCUGUCUCCAGUUUUUAAUGUCCAUAAAGGCAACUAUCUAAUUCUCUCUUCUCUUUGUUUCACUCUUUCCUCUCAUGGCGGCUAAUUCUCUGCAGCUACAUUCUUUCUCGCCGAGGUCUGCUCGUUACUUGGGCUCUCAAUCAAUGAGCAAUUUGAGGAGAACCCAUUUGAGUUUUGAGCCUAGAAUCCUAAAACAGAGCAUCAAAUGGGAGGGUGGUUGGACAAGGAGUGAAGAUCAUUUGAAGGAGAAGAAGCAGAACCGAGGGUGCGUGGUGAAGUGUACAGCAGAGAGUAUAGAGAGAGGAAUAUUGAUGGGAGGAAAAGAGGGUGAAAUUAGUAUGGUAUCGGAGAGGUACAAGGUGGUGGCUUUAACGGCGUGCGUUAUGUGCCUUUGUAAUGCUGAUCGUGUUGUUAUGUCUGUCGCUGUUGUUCCUCUUGCUGCCAAAUACGGCUGGUCCAGUUCCUUCCUGGGCAUCGUCCAGUCAUCGUUUCUGUGGGGAUACAUAUUCUCAUCAGUAAUAGGAGGAGCCCUGGUAGACAAAUAUGGAGGAAAAAGAGUGAUGGCAUGGGGCGUGGGGCUGUGGUCUUUGGCCACUCUUCUUACUCCAUGGGCUGCUAACCACUCCACCUUCGGUCUCUUGGCCGUUCGUGCCUUCUUUGGACUUGCUGAGGGUGUAGCUCUGCCUUCCAUGAGCACCCUCUUGUCAAGGUGGUUUCCGAGCCAUGAACGAGCAAGUGCGGUUGGAAUUUCUAUGGCUGGAUUUCAUCUUGGCAAUGUUAUAGGCUUACUUCUAACUCCAAUUAUGUUAUCAACUGUUGGAAUUUCUGGUCCUUUUAUUCUCUUCGCUUCCCUUGGACUAAUGUGGUUAACAACAUGGGCAAGUGGCGUCACGAGUGAUCCACGAGAUAGCCCUUUUAUCAGUAAAUCAGAGUUGCGAUUAAUUCAAGCUGGUAAAACUGAUUCACCAACGAACAAAGGCCAGCUUCCACCACUACGCCUACUAUUCUCAAAACUUCCAACAUGGGCAAUUAUUUUUGCUAAUGUAACUAACAAUUGGGGGUACUUUGUUCUUCUCUCAUGGAUGCCUGUAUAUUUCAAGACAGUUUUUAAUGUAAACUUGAAGCAAGCGGCUUGGUUUAGUGCUGUUCCAUGGGGGACAAUGGCACUUUCUGGUUACAUUGCAGGAGCAGCAUCGGAUUCCUUAAUCAAGGCAGGCUACUCUAUCACAUUAGUCCGAAAGAUAAUGCAGUCUAUUGGUUUCAUUGGACCUGGCGUGUCAUUGCUCUGCUUAAAUUUUGCCAAGACACCAGUGACUGCUUCUAUGUUAAUCACAGCAGCCCUGAGCUUGAGUUCUUUCAGCCAAGCUGGCUUUCUUCUCAAUAUGCAAGACAUAGCACCUCAAUAUGCAGGAUUCCUCCAUGGAAUUGCAAAUUCUGCGGGAACAUUUGCAGCGAUAGUGAGCACAAUUGGAACAGGUUAUUUUGUUCAAUGGCUGGGAUCUUUUCAGGCAUUCCUGACUGUCACGGCAGGGCUCUAUUUCGUUACCACCAUCUUUUGGAAUAUGUUUGCUACAGGAGAACGAGUUUUCUAGACUAAUAAUUAUAUUAUUCAUGAAGCUGCUACUAGAAAUAAGGUGAACAUAAGUUUGAAAAUUUUGAGCCUAUAGGAUAAAUUUUUCAUGUACA